GAUAGAUCGAAAUUCGUUGCUCAAGUUUAUCGCAGUUGCUCAUAAAACAAUGGCGGAUUCGAGUUCAUCCGCUGCAGAUCAUGGCCAGCCUUCUUCUUCGUCUGACCCGAAAGGUAAUAAAAGGGACUUUUCUACUGCAAUAUUGGAACGCAAAAAGUCUCCAAACCGCCUUGUUGUUGAUGAAGCUAUAAAUGAUGACAAUUCUGUUGUUUCCAUGAAUCCUGCCACAAUGGAAAAGCUCCAGUUUUUCCGUGGAGACACAGUUUUAAUCAAGGGGAAGAAGCGAAAGGACACAGUCUGCAUAGUUCUUGGUGAAGAUCAAUGCGAAGAACCAAAAAUCAGAAUGAAUAAAGUUGUACGUGCUAAUCUUAGGGUACGUCUCGGGGAUGUUGUCUCUGUCCAUCAAUGUCCAGAUGUGAAGUAUGGGAAACGUGUCCACAUCCUUCCUAUUGAUGAUACAAUCGAGGGUGUGACAGGGAACCUGUUUGAUGUGUAUUUGAAGCCAUAUUUCUUGGAAUCGUACCGACCUUUGAGGAAAGGUGAUCUUUUUCUUGUAAGGGGGGGCAUGCGAAGUGUUGAAUUCAAAGUUAUUGAGACAGAUCCUGGUGAAUAUUGUGUCGUUGCACCAGACACAGAGAUCUUCUGUGAGGGAGACCCUAUCAAACGCGAGGAUGAGGAGCGCUUAAAUGAGGUUGGCUAUGAUGAUGUUGGUGGUGUCAGGAAGCAAAUGGCUCAGAUACGUGAGCUGGUAGAGCUUCCUUUGAGACACCCCCAACUGUUCAAGUCCAUUGGUGUAAAACCUCCAAAAGGCAUCUUGCUUUAUGGGCCACCAGGUUCGGGGAAAACCCUUAUUGCAAGGGCUGUUGCCAAUGAGACUGGUGCAUUCUUCUUCUUGAUAAAUGGACCUGAGAUAAUGUCGAAGUUGGCUGGUGAAAGUGAAAGCAAUUUAAGAAAGGCUUUUGAAGAAGCUGAGAAGAAUGCUCCUUCCAUCAUUUUCAUUGAUGAGAUAGAUUCUAUUGCCCCAAAGAGAGAAAAGACACAUGGUGAAGUGGAAAGACGUAUAGUGUCCCAACUUCUUACUUUAAUGGAUGGUCUUAAGUCCCGAGCACAUGUGAUUGUGAUGGGAGCCACCAAUAGGCCCAAUAGCAUUGACCCUGCUCUUAGGAGAUUUGGUAGAUUCGAUCGAGAAAUAGAUAUUGGUGUGCCUGAUGAGGUGGGGAGGCUGGAAGUUCUUCGUAUACAUACAAAGAAUAUGAAACUUGCAGAAGAUGUUGAUCUGGAAAAAGUAUCAAAAAAUACACACGGUUAUGUUGGUGCUGAUCUUGCUGCUCUUUGCACUGAGGCUGCUCUUCAGUGCAUUAGGGAGAAAAUGGAUGUUAUUGACUUAGAAGAUGAGACAAUUGAUGCAGAAGUUUUAAAUUCAAUGUCUGUAACAAACGAGCAUUUCCAAACUGCCCUGGGAUCUUCCAAUCCAUCAGCCUUGCGUGAAACGGUUGUUGAGGUGCCCAAUGUCUCAUGGGAAGAUAUUGGUGGGUUGGACAAUGUGAAAAGAGAGCUUCAGGAGACUGUCCAAUACCCAGUGGAGCAUCCGGAGAAGUUCGAAAAGUUUGGCAUGUCUCCAUCCAAAGGUGUCCUCUUCUAUGGUCCACCUGGGUGUGGUAAAACCCUACUCGCUAAAGCAAUUGCAAAUGAGUGUCAAGCAAAUUUUAUUAGUGUCAAAGGACCUGAAUUACUGACAAUGUGGUUUGGGGAAAGUGAGGCGAAUGUUCGAGAGAUAUUUGACAAGGCACGGGGGUCAGCUCCAUGUGUACUAUUCUUUGAUGAACUUGAUUCUAUUGCCACUCAGCGUGGGAGUUCAGUAGGAGAUGCUGGGGGUGCUGCAGACAGGGUUUUGAACCAACUCUUGACAGAGAUGGAUGGAAUGACUGCGAAGAAGACAGUUUUCAUAAUUGGGGCGACGAACAGGCCAGAUAUUAUUGAUCCUGCGUUGCUCAGGCCUGGCCGUCUGGACCAGUUGAUAUAUAUUCCACUACCAGAUGAAGCCUCUCGUCUCCAAAUCUUCAAAUCAUGCUUGCGCAAAUCACCUGUCGCUCGGGAUGUUGACCUUACAGCUCUUGCACGGUACACUCAUGGUUUCAGUGGUGCAGAUAUCACUGAGAUCUGUCAGCGUGCUUGCAAAUAUGCUAUCAGGGAGAACAUUGAGAAGGAUAUUGAGAGGGAGAAGAAGAGGAAUGAAAACCCAGAAGCAAUGGAAGAGGAUGAUGUGGAUGAUGUUCCUGAGAUUAAGGCAGCACAUUUUGAAGAGUCCAUGAAAUUUGCUCGCAGAAGUGUUAGUGAUGCUGAUAUCAGGAAGUAUCAGCUAUUCGCUCAGACUCUCCAGCAAUCUAGAGGCUUUGGAUCAGAGUUUCGGUUCCCGGAUCGCCCUGAGAAUGCCACUGGAACCGGGGCUUCAGAUCCAUUCUCUUCUGCUGCAGCUGGUGGGGAAGAUGACGACUUAUAUGGUUAAACCAAUUUAAGUUGCAUUUACUGCUAUCAUCAUCUGAGACUGACAUAUAAAUUUCCUUCUCAUUAGCAAGAACCAUCCCCUUAUGCCGUCUUUGAAUCUAUUUUUCCCCCUCAACUCUUGAUGCACUCUUUUAUGCUUGAGCUUUAAUUGUAUAACAGUCCAACUUAAAAUUCUCUCUCUAUUUCCGAAAUGAAUGCACUAUUCAAGUUUAGAUGUG